AUGGAUUUUCAGAGUCUCAUUGAAAACCGAAAAAAAAUAUUGAAACCUACGACGACAGUUGUUACAAAUACGUCAGGUGAAAAAUAUGAAAUCUCUGACGGAGUUGUUCGUAAUUUAGGAAUAAAAGUCACGCCAUUUGUUGUUGAUAAUAAACCAAAUUUAAAAAUAGACUUAAUUAUUCCUGGAUUAUUCAUCAGCUCGCAGGAUCCAGUUUAUAAUUUAGAUAUUUUAGAAUCACACGGAAUAAAAAAUAUUUUGAGUUUGGGAAUAAAUCCGGAAGUUAAAUUUCCUGAUAUAAAUUAUUAUUACGUUGAUAUUCUUGAUUUGCCGGAAUUUGAUUUGUUUAAAGUUUUAAAUGAGUGUAUUAAAAUAAUCCAUGAAAAUAUAAGUGAAAAUAUUUUAGUUCAUUGUAAUGCUGGGGUAUCAAGAUCACCGACGAUAGUACUUGGAUAUUUGAUGGCAUGUAAAAAAUUGUCAUACACUCAAGCUUAUGAUUUUGUUAAAAAUAUUCGAUACAUUCGGCCGAAUGAUGGAUUUGUAAAUAAAUUGAAAAAUAUCAAACCCAAAGAUUUACCUCAGCUUAAUUAAGAGUUUGAAAUUUUGAAUUAUUCGUAAGUUUUCUAAUUAGUAAAUUUUCGAAUAAUUUGUAAAUUUUCUUGUGAACUUGAAAUUGUAAUUUUUUUUUUUUUUUUCAAUAAUUCAAAUUGUUGUCUGUCAUAAAUGAAUAGAAAUAAAUAUCUCGGACACAAAUCUACGAAAAAUUAUUUUUAAAUAUUUGAAUACUUCAAAGCUGAUCAGAAUUUUCUUGAUUCGAAUCGAGUAAUUUGAAAAGUUACUAAUAAUUUGAAAAAAAAAUUUUAAAUUACUCUCGAUUUUAUCGAAUUAUUCGAUUCGCAAAAUUUUAUUAAUAGUAUAUUGAGUGGCGAGGGAUGAAACGAAACGAUUUCAGACCAGGGUGGAGUUGGCUGACAUCACCCGCAGUCUGAAGUCGUAUUUCAUUCUGUGUUACACAAUAUAUUUAUAUUUUACGAAUGUGAAUGUACCAGAUAUGAGACAAUUUGUAGAUUUUAAAUGAAUAAAUAAAUUAAUUUAAAAAAUGCGCGUACUGACUUUUCAAUUAUUUAAAUAUGCAUUUUAAAAUUUUUAUUCUACUUAAAUUUAUGAGUGUGAUUAAAAUUAUUAAAUUUAUUUAUUCAAAAAUUGAGAUAAUUGCCAAUUGUCAGCUACAUUCACACUCAUUAGAUUUUUAAUGAUUACCUGCAUUAAAACUUGAAGUUUCAGUGUCAGCAGCAAAUUAAUUUAAGUCCAAUGGUGUAAUCAUAUUAGCGUACGCGUAAAUUGUCACUUGCACUUUUAUAAUUAAGGAGAAACUAUGAAUACAUAUAUUAUUAUGAAUGUGAAUGUAGCAGACAUCAGAUAAAUUUAAAAUUAUAAAUAAAUAGAGUAAAUAAUUAACAAAAUUGAAUUUUAAAAAAAUGCACUUAUUAAUUUCAAAAUUUUCUAAAUGCGCAUUUUUUUAAAUUUAAUUUUAUUAAUUAUUUACUCUAUUUAUUUAUAAUUUUACAUUUGUCUGAUGUCUGCUAAAUUCACACUCAUAUAUUAUUCACAGUAAUUUUUAAAAAACUUAAUCACAAACUCAGAACCGUCAUUUACGUGAAUAAAUUUAAUGGUCGGAAAAUAAUGUCUUCAAUUAACGAACAGAGAUAAUACUGAAGUUAGCCGCCGUCUAAUAAUUUUUUGAUUUUUUUUUAAACGACAAAUUAUAAAAAAAAAUAUAUUUUAAAAAAUUGCACCUAUAGUUUUUUUAAUUUUCUACAUGUGCAUAUUUUUAGUUUUUUUUUUUUUAUAAUUAAUUUGUUGAAAAAAAAAUCCGAAAAUUAUUAAUUUUCUACUCACUUCAGGGUCAUGGAAUGAGUGUGAAUUUCGUAGACAUCAGACAAAUUUAAAAUUAUUAAUAAAUAGAGUAAAUAAUUUUGAAUUUGUCUGAUGUCUGCUAUAUUCACACUCAUGGUCAUGGGUAAAAACUUUUGUUCCUUCCCAAGGGUCAAAAUAGUAUUACACACCUAGGGAAGUAAGUAAGAAAUGUCUCAGAUCACAUGUUUGUUGAAAAAUUUUUAUGUCCGCACGCUGAAUUUUCUUCGAGUUGGACUAAAGUUUUGACUGAAUAUAGAGGCACUGAAACUUUGAUUUUCGUUACUGGUAUCAUAAAAAAGUAAUUAAAUUUAAAAAUAAAACAUGAUACUGAAGUUAUCCGACAUCUAAUAAUUUUAAGAUUUUUGUAAAAAAACAUAAAUUUUCUACAAGUGGAUAUUUUUAUUUUUUUUGUUAAUUGUCUGUAAACUUCAGGAUCAUAAAUUUCAUAUUUGAGUAAACAGUAAAAGGGAAAAAAAAAUAAAGAUAAAUUAUUCUUUAACAAUUCAUUUUAUACGACAUACCAUAAUGUUCUUUUUAUCAUAUUGUUUACUUAAUAUUUCAUGCAUAUAUUUGUAAUUACAUCUUUUUACCAUUUCCUGAAACUUAUAAAAAUUUUAAAAUCCUUUCAUGCAACUACAGUUUUAAUAGUGGAUCGAAUUCAAGCGUUUGACAAAUUUUCUUCUUCGUUCGCUCAUUUCUUAUGCUUGGCAAUCAUAUUUUUUAAUAUAUAAUAUAAUAAUAUUAAUUAAUCAAUAAUAAUUACAUGUAUAAUAUUUAUAUAAGGAGACAAUGAUAACAUGUAGGUCGAUCGUAGGCUUAUAAAAAUGGCUGUAAUUCUAAAAAAUAUAAGUGAAUUUUUCUGUAUCCCCGAUAUCUAUUGUAAUAAUUAAUUAAUUAAUUUUUUUUCUUACAUUCAUUCGUAUUUUUUUCUCUUCAUACAUGAAACAUACAAGCGUAUAUGAGAUUAUUUUCUACAUUUAUUAUUAUAGUCAAUGUUAGUUUACUUUAGAUUUUAUUUUUGUUAAUGUAUAUUUUUUUUGUAGUCUUAUUGUUAUUUUUUUUUUAUUACUAAUCUAUUUUUUUUGCAUUUUAAACUUCCCGCUAAGAAAAUUGUAGAUUUUCAAAAAAAUUCGGGAAGUUAUUGUUUAAAUUUAUUUUAAUUUUACUCAGCAUAUGACGCUACUUACUCACAUGUAAACCUCGUACUUUUUUUUUUUUUUCUUUUUUUUUGUUCAUAUACAGUUACUAUAUUAGAAUAUUUAUUAUAUAUCAUUCAUAGUCAUAUACAUAAUUAUAUUCACAAUCAUCAU